GCGCCCAUCCCAUUAGAUUCAGUGCGAUCUGCUGUUUCAAACGUUCGACAUUUACGCUUUUCGCAAUCAUCAAAACAUGAUGAGAUAUCUUGCUUUUUUGCUUUUAGUAAACCUGGCAAUGGUGCAUGCAAACUUCUUCCGUAAUGAGAACAGAAGAGAAGGUCGGCUUGCAGCUCUACGAUCUUACCAAGAUUAUGACGUGGAGAAGAGGGGUGCCAAUAAUUGCAUGUACACAGAAGGAAAAUGCAGUGGAUGGUAUUCAUACGGUUGCCGAGACCAAAAGUUUUGGACUGGACAUGUGGGUGUAACGAGAGCUUGUUGGCGUCAAUGUUGGUCGGGAGCACGCACGUGGUGUUACCAAAGAAACUGGCAAGGCGUAAAAAAGGAAUGCAGCACUGAUGAAGACUGUAAGAUAUCAGACACUCAAGGAGCACAAGAUACAUGUAUUGUUAAUUGGUGGCGCCGUCCAGUUUGUAACACAGGAGUGCCAGGAUCAAAUGAAUAGAUGGAAAUUGAAGCAUUCAACGCACAGACACUUUUUUUAAUACUUUCACGCCCGCUUGUAUUAAAGAUAAAUAACACUCUGAAAGCAGUUAUGUUUUAAUAUGUUGCAAUGAUUGAACUUUACCCCGUAAUUAUGUUUUAUAUUUCCAGAGAAUUAAAAUAAUUGAAUAGAUAGUUCUCGU